AUGCCGAAAGCUCAGGUUUUUACAUUCUGUCUAACUCUCUUCCUCAUGACUUUGGUCCACACAAUCCCUCUGGAGUCUAAGGAUGCUUGGAAAUCUUUGGAAAACCCAAGGAACAGGGAGUUGUUUUUUCGAACGCUUCAAGCUUAUUUUUCUGGGCGAGGGGUUGACGUUGCGAAGUUCUCCAAAUCUUUCCGAAUGGACAACAGGAGACCAAAUGUAGCAGCCUCCCUUUACCCGAACCACAUCUCCUCUGCCUUCGCAGACUACGAAGGACAGAAAGAUUCCUUUUCCGCAUUCUUGAAAGGAUGA